GACUUGCGCGCGCCCACAACAGUUCGGUAUAUCCCAUCCUUAACGCAUUAUUUUUUUUUUGUUUCAAAACAUAUAUAUUUACUAUAUAUAUCGGCGUAUAACGAAUUUAUUUUCGUGAGUCCAACACUACCCAAAACCCACCUAGAAACCAGCAUAAAAAUCAGCUGCCGCGAUGUCUCAUUCAGUGACCAUAACACGCACCACCACCAGCACCACCAAUACUUCCUAUAUUGUGCUCAAUACGGGCUAUCUCAAGACCUUCCCGGGCAUACUCAAGCUGUUCGAGCUGAUCAUUGGUGCUGCUAUUGUAACCAUAUUUGCGAUCAAUUUCCGUGAUUACCAUAAUGCGUAUCGCGCUCAACAGGAUCUGUUCCACUUUUUAAUGGCCACCACAUUCAUGGUGGGGACAUUUUGCUUAUUACUCGCCUGUCUCACAUCGCUCAGCACGGGCGGCAUCAUUGCCAAAACGAUCUAUGAGCUUAUCUAUCAUAGCGUUGCGGCAAUUUUGCUGCUUACCUCGUCGGCGCUUUUGUUAAUCAGGCUGCGGGACUAUAAGCAUGACUCCUAUAUGGUGGCUGGUGUACUUGGUCUGGUCAAUGCCGUGCUCUACUUCAUAAGCGCAUUCCUGGCACAUCGCUCCUAUCGUGGCAUUUAAGCUGUUCGAUGGAUCGAACUAUGGAUAAGACAGAAAAGCGCACAAGCCAUGCAGAAAUAAAAAGAGUGUCCGUUCUUGUAGUAGUUCUAACUUUUCUAUUUUUUGUGUAGUAGUACUCACGCCGUUUUCUUUCAACUCAACUCUGUCGCUAUCUAUCUACUACAAUUUGAUUUUUGUUUAUUUGUCCAUUUGUCUCGUCUCUUGAUACCAAAAUCCACUUCUAAUGUCGUGUAAUGCAUUCGAAUAAUCAAUAUGUGUCUUUUUUUUUUUAAAUAU